UUCAAUUGACAGAUUUUGAAGACGAACUUCUAACUUGGCUGAAACAGAUACUUUCCUACUAUCUGAAAGUAAUCCUUAUCACUUCAACAAAGUUUAAGGUUCUGUAACUCUUGGAGGAUGCCAGUUUCAACGAGCGCUUUACAGCAGAUGGCUAUAUACUUGGGAAUAGUAUCUGGAGGAGGAUGUGCAGUUAUGUAUUACCUUAUGCAACAAAAUUUUGCCAAAUCAGAAUACUACAAGUUGGCAAUUGAAGAACUCAACAAAAAUGACACAGCACUAGAAGCCCUGGGAGCUCCUCCAUUGCACAUCCGAAAUAUCAAACUCACUGACAGGAACAAUCGUGUGGAUGGAAUAAGUGCGAGGAUUAAAAUUCCAGUUUGUGGAUCAAAAUCAGCUGGAUAUCUCCACACCUAUUCUGUUCGAGAUGGUAUACAGAAAAGAUGGUUUCUACAAGAAGCUGUGUUGCAGUUGCUGGAUGGCCAACAAGUUUCAGUUUAUCCAUUGACCAAAGAUAAAGAUUAAUGCAUGAGCACAAUUGUAUUCUUCAAGAUGCGAUUCAAUUACUGAUGUUAUUUCAAACAAAAUAAUUUUUAAAAGUAAUUUGGAGCUUAAGCUCACACGGUUUUUCAAAAGUUGGUAACUCCAACGAUUUCAGUUAAAGAGAAAACGUCAAACAACUGUGGAUGCUGUAAACCAGAAACAAGAACAGACAUUACUGGAAAACUCGGCAGGUUUGGCAGUAUCUGUGGAGAGACAGCAGAGUUAACGUUCUGAACUGAAGAAAGUUCUCUGGACCCAAAACGUUAACUCUCCUUUUUCUCCACAGAUGCUGCUGGACCUGUUGAGCUUUUCCAGCAACAGCUGUUUCCAUUUUAGUUAAACAAUUGCUACAAACUGUUUUCAGGCCAACUUGAUGUAAGGAGAGAAUUUGUUUGUAUUCUCAAACCAUAUAAAGACAUGCACCUAGGAAUAAAUGAUAAUUCUGGUGAAAAGCUGAUGUUACUUUAAUCAAUAACCUUCACAAUAGGUUAAACUGACCAGAUUCUUAUUUUUUCACAAUGUAUUAUUAAUAAAAGACUUUUAACAGUUUGUCAAUAUUGGAUGCCAAGAAUAUGCUGCUUGAAAAAAUGUAUGUACAAUGCCAAUAGCAGAUUACCUAUCAAUCAACCAGCAACUAAGGAACAUAUUUUUCUGCCUACAAACCAUCAAUCCACAAACAUGUACCUUUCGGAGGAACUUGCUUGGAAUGUCAUUCCUGUCACUAUAAUGUCUUAUGAGCUAAAUCCUCAGUUUCUGAAUGUAAGGGUAGCAAAAACAUUUGGAUAUUAAAUAACAAAUCCAAAUUUAAUGGAUUUUCAAGCAUCAAAUUAAAAAAGAGCUGCAAAUGUGAUAGAUGAUCUACACUGUAUAAUAAAAUUGACUUAGUCUACAUAUAUAUUUUAAUAACCAUUCAACCUCAGGCACAAAUGUUAUGGAGUCUGGGAAUAUAACUUGAAAUGUUCACUUGUGAAGAUCAGUUUGGAGAACAGCACUACUGAAAUAUGUUAGUGUGCACUGCCAAAUUAAGAUGCUAACACUUAGUGAAAACACACCAAAAUGUUCUAUACAGCAAUACAAGGUCUUAUUCUUGUGAAAGAGAUGUCUCUGUAUAUCAACUUGAGCAGUAUCCAAGUGGUCGUGGUUUCAACCAAAAGAUUUUUAUUAAAUGUUUAUGAAUGCAGUUGAA